CUAUGGUAAUGACGUUAUGCUAGCUACUUGCUAACAAUCUGGACCUACUUAAAGCUGAUAAAUAAUAACUUCAUUUUUGGGAUGCUGUUCUGCUAUGAGUCGUAACAACCUAUGUUUCGUGUAGAUGUUUGUCGGCCCGUCAGGAGGUUCGUCGGGCUCAAACUUGGUGGAUGAUUUCCCUGAAUUAUUAGCCAGAGGGCCUUGAGUCCGCGGUGCUCGAGUGAGCCAGAGGCGGGAAUUACCGCGACCUCACCGGGAGAAGCAUUCGGCCACACGGAUAGUGAGGUUUUAACUAUUACCAGCGAGUCACUGCACCGAAUCCUCUCUUCCUGAACAUGUCACACACCGGACCCCCUCCUCGGUGGCGGAAUUGCCCAAGAAGAGGACAACCUGUGGCUGCUAAAUUCUUGCCAAUGAAAACCAUGUUGGGUCCCAGAUAUGAUGACCAAGUAGCAGAGGAGAACAGGUUUCACCCUGCCAUGCUGUCAAACUACUUGAAAAGUCUAAAAGUGAAAAUGGGUUUGCUUGUAGAUUUGACCAACACAACUCGCUUUUAUGACCGCAACGACAUUGAGAAGGAAGGCAUAAAAUAUGUGAAGCUUCAGUGUAAAGGCCACGGAGAGAGCCCAUCAAAAGAAACGACCGGGAUGUUUAUCCGGCUCUGCGAACAUUUCAUUGAGAAGAAUCCUACAGAAUUAAUAGGUGUUCACUGCACGCAUGGCUUCAACCGGACAGGCUUUCUGAUAUGUGCAUACUUGGUGGAGAAAAUGGACUGGAGCGUCGAGGCAGCUGUAGCUGCUUUCAGCCAGGCCCGUGCCCCUGGGAUCUACAAGGGAGACUACCUCAAAGAGCUCUUCCGUCGCUAUGGUGACGAGGAGGACGCGCCCCCUGCCCCCGCACUGCCGGAGUGGUGCUUUGAUGACGAUGACGGAGAGGUGGACGACGACGGUAAUGCAGUAGGCCAGGAGUCGGGGCCCAGCUCCUCUGGGUCAGCGCCCAGCAAACGUAAGAAGGAGAAGCUAAAACUGGGUGCAGUAUUCCUUGAAGGCAUUACGGUGAAAGGUGUCACACAAGUCACCACACAACCCAAGCUUAGCGAGAUCCAAAGAAUGUGUCAGCAGAUGGCAGAGUGGGAGAGAUCUGGUUUUCCUGGUGCACAGCCGGUAUCCAUGGACAGGCAAAACCUUCGUUUCCUCGAGCAGAAUCCAUACAAAGUCAGCUGGAAAGCCGAUGGCACACGGUACAUGAUGGUGAUAAAUGGAAAAAACGAAGUGUUCAUGGUCGACAGAGACAACAGUAUUUUCCACUUAGCCAACCUAGAGUUUCCUUUCCGGAAGGAUCCACGGGUCCACUUAGCAAACACUCUGCUGGAUGGGGAGAUGAUCAUCGACAAGGUGAAUGGUCAGCCGGUCCCCCGCUAUUUGAUAUACGACAUCAUCAAAUUCAAUGGACAGCCUGUUGGCCAGUGUGAUUUCAAUAUCCGGCUGUUAUGCAUAGAAAAGGAGAUCAUUUCUCCACGGAUGGAAAAGAUGAAGACUGGUCAGAUUGACAAAACUAAGGAGCCCUUCAGUGUCCGAAAUAAGCCCUUCUUUGACAUUCAUGCAUCACGCAAGCUACUGGAAGGCAGCUUCACGUCCCAGGUCAGCCACGAAGUGGACGGGCUUAUCUUCCAGCCAUGCGGGAGAUACAAGGCCGGGAGGUGUGAUGAAAUCCUCAAGUGGAAGCCUCCCAAUCUCAACUCUGUGGACUUUCGCCUCAAGAUCACCAAAGUUGGAGGAGAAGGGUUGCUUCCACAGACUGUCGGCUUGCUUUACGUCGGCAGCUAUGACAGGCCCUUUGCAAAGAUGAAGCUGUGUGUAAAAGCAUCCAGGAGCCCGUCACUAAGGAAAUCCUUUUGGAAUAUGUGGACCGCUGUUCUCAGGCAGUGCAAGCCCAGAACCGGAAACAAGCAGCAGAUCCAGACUCUGAGCUAAUGCCCCCUCCCCCUCCAAAGAGACCUAACCGGGCCAUCCCGUAGCCCCCACCCCCCCUCCGCGAGGGCAGGGCCCCUCUGGACUGCUCUACAGUCACAGUGUACAUGCACAUCACCAGCCACAUCAGCCCCACCUCCAGAAAAACCCAUCAUUUCCAGCUUUCUUACCCUCAGCUCAUUUGCUUUAUCAGCGUGUACAUGUAAGGACUUGAGAAACCUUUAAUUGACCGCCUCAACGUCAUUAAUUAACCUUGUGUAGACUUCUUUGUAGCUUUAAUUGCUGGUGUUCUUAUUAAAAUGAAAAACAUGAUGCUUA